CCCUAGAAAACAGUCUGCGUGGGGCUGCACUCCUAUAGGGAUCACGGAUAGAAGUAUUUGGCAACUUCUUUGGAGUCUUCACAACAUUGCAGGCCACAGACAGACAGCUGCAUCGAUGGUGGAGCGCUUCAGCGAUCAACAGUAAUAACAUCGUCUCUUAUGAUGACCAGAUAUUGUGGAUCGUCCGUAAAUUAAAGCAGUAACUAGUGUCACUUGAGUUUAGUCACUGCUCCAUCUUAUUGCGGAAGAUACAGUCGGAUAUAGACGUGUGUUUCUGGGGAUAAAGCCGCCAGAUAGCAAGAAGCAGCUCCUAGCUGUUAGCGAGCUAGCUCCGUGGAGGGGGAACAUUCUCUAACCUCCGUAUCAACAUGGCAAUGUCCCUGAUACAAGCCUGUCGCAGUCUCGCUCUUUCAACAUGGCUGCUCUCUUUUUGUUUUGUGCAUUUGCUGUGUCUAGACUUCACUGUGGCGGAGAAAGAGGAAUGGUAUACUGCCUUUGUGAACAUCACCUAUCUGGAUCCCGUGACUUUUGAGAUCAAAACAGAGAAAACAGAGUGCGGGCGCUAUGGCGAACACUCACUCAAGAAAGAAGCCAAAGGGGUGGUGGUCAUGCCCUCCGUCCUGCAAGAUAGACAGGCUUGCGACCCCAACACUAAAUUCCCUAUUCCAAACCCCAACAGUGCGUGGAUUGCACUCAUAGCCCGUGGCAACUGCACGUACAAAGACAAGAUUAGACAUGCGGCAAGCCACAAUGCAUCCGCUGUAGUAAUAUUUAACGUGGGUUCGAGUAAUGCCAACGAAACCAUAACAAUGCCUCAUCAAGGCACUGGUGAAAUUGUGGCCAUCAUGAUUCCGGAACCCAAGGGCCGCGAGAUCAUUUCGCUGCUGGAGCGGAACAUCACAGUCAACAUGCACAUCACCAUAGGAACGCGGAACCUCCAGAAGUAUGUGAGCCGCACCUCGGUGGUGUUCGUCUCCAUCUCUUUCAUCGUGCUCAUGAUCAUCUCCCUCGCCUGGCUGGUCUUCUACUACAUCCAGAGGUUCCGCUACGCCAACGCCCGCGACCGCAAUCAGAGGCGCCUGGGAGAUGCUGCCAAGAAAGCCAUUAGCAAGCUGCAAGUGAGGACCAUCAGGAAGGGAGACAAGGAAACAGAGUCAGACUUUGAUAACUGUGCAGUGUGCAUUGAAGGCUACAAGCCCAAUGAUGUGGUCCGGAUACUACCUUGCAGGCAUGUCUUCCAUAAGUACUGCGUGGACCCCUGGCUGCAGGACCAUAGGACGUGUCCCAUGUGCAAGAUGAACAUCCUCAAAGCAUUAGGGAUCCCGCCAAACGCUGACUGCUCAGACGACAUUCCUCCGGACUACGAGGUGUCUGUGGGAGGGCCACCCACCAACCAGGUGACCGGAGCUAGCGAGGUAACUGUGAGCGAGAGCUCGGUGGUGCUGGACCCCGCUGUGCGCUCCAUCGGCCUGCCACAGGUCUACCACGAGGUCGACCCCCUCGCCCUGAUCGGAGAAAGCCGCCAUAUUGCCAGCAGUGAACACCAGAACCCGUUGAGUAGCGAUUCGGACACCUCGCUCAUCCUGGCUGUGGAGGUUGGCCUGUCCGAUGUGGAGCUGUCGGCCGAGCAGGAGCACGAAGAGGUCAAGUCAUGAACCAUGACCCGCAUCGCCCCCGGUGUUGCCACGGAGACACAGGACCAGGACGAGGGAAGAACCAAGACCAGGAUCUGGAACCAGAGAGCCUUCUUAAUUGAAAGGGGAAGAAUAUAGAGUAACAUUGGAACAGAAAACCGUUUUGAACAGUGUCCUUCAUGUUUUGUCCCCGUGGCUUCAUCGGCUACAGGAAAAAGUUUCUGAAAAAUAGAGAUACUGUGCUUGUCAUCUUUAUAACUCAAUGGCCACAAUCACACCUUGAUUAUCCUCCUCCCUUGCUUUCUACACUUCUGUCAAUAGGCAGAGGAAGCAUUUAGCCAAUCACUGUCAUGUUAUUUGAACUUUUUUUUUUUGUUGUGUUUCCCACGAAACAUCCAUCUCCCCUUACUCUGUGGAAAUGUUGACUGUUUGAUUUCCUUAUUCGAGAUCACUGCCAAUGUAUAUUCCUGAUUCAAACACAAGUCUUUCUAUACAUAUAUAUAUAUAUCUAUAGAUAUCAGUGCACACAUGCAGCUAACAGCGUUUGCUUCAAAGUGUCAAAAAGCAGUCUGUGUGUGAUCCAACCAGCGGCCGUAAAACACAUUGAACCUUGACAAGAGAGGUCUUGCUAUUCUUUCAACGCGCCUUGUUUCGUGGACUAUGCACAGCCUCCCACUUUAUCAUGCAUCCUUUGCCGCUUGUGUCCCAAAAGACGACGUCUCUCUGCCACCGGCUGUAUUUUUGUUGUUGUUUAUAAGCUUUGUUUCUUCUCAAGUACAGCUCCCUGACCUGUCUUGUAGUAAGCUUCCUCGCUCUCAGUGGGAAGACCUAAACUUGAUGUGAUUGCGAAUUGAAUCCUUCACAAUUAAUCCCAAGUGACAAUCACUUUUCCAAGGAUCACAUCAACAGAGGACCCCAGAUCCCCACCCCCCACUUCUACACCUCCACCUUCUGAGGAGAUGGCCUCCCUGUGAGGGAGUGUGGUGAGGCUAAAGGGGAAACCGUCUGGCGUCCUCCCUCCGCUACGUGAUGAAAAUACCCAAACUCUUUAGCGCAGUCAGAGGUUGGUCUUCCUGUACCUCCCCUCUAUUUGUGCCAAGUUAACUCUAAAGAACUACACAUAUAAAUUAGGGUUAAGAUUACAUGGAAUUCUCCUAGUUUCUUUGUUUAUUUGUUUUUAUUGUAUCACAGUGACAGUCUGGAUUGGUUUGAUGUAUUGGGGUCAUUGAGUUCUGGAAGUCCAAAGAAUGUGAUAGGGGUGAAGUACUAUUUCAAAAAUGUCAACAAACUUAGUUGCAUCCAAGUUCCCCUAGCCAAUAUUUCAUUUAAAAAAAGACUUUAGGUCAGAACAGUCAAGGGGGAAACCCCCACAGUGCACAGACUGAUUCUCCGAUAAUACCAGGCGCCUGGAAUGACUAGUCUCCUUGUUGCUAAAACCUACAGAAUGGUGAAAGUCUGCUGGAUGACUUUUAUUUUAAUACGUAUGGAAGAAAAGUUUAUUUUUCUAUGAAAAAAUCAACAAAAACGAAAAUCAAGGAAAGUUUACAGUGGAGGAGAAACUGGGCUUACGUAGAUAGUAGCGUCAUUGCUAAGCUACGUCAGAAUCGGUUUGACAUGGACCAGAACUUUAAUUCAUUAGUCUUUUGCAUCACUUUUUCCUCCUGAAAUAUUGCCACAGAAAGGCAUCUGCCAUUGUACACCACCCCCCCGCCCCAAAAAAAGAAAACACAACAAGGUCUUUUUUCUGCAAAAGAAUAUUUCAAGUGCUGUUUCAGUAGUAUUUGUCAAAUGCCUUUCACCUCAACAUUUCAUUCGCAUCGAACUGAAUGGUGAUCUUUUUCUAGUAAUGUCCACUCUCUUUGUGUGUAAAAGGACAAAAAAGAAGCACACAUACCCAGAAGCCUCUUUUCUGCAUCCUCUCCCUCUCUCUUUCUUCACGUCUCUCUGAAAGAGGGUGUUGGAAUGUACAGGAGAAUGUUGAAUCUAUGAACCAAAGCUGAUGAUGCGUUUGACUUCUACAACACUUUUUCCCUCCUCACAGUCUCUCUGCUCACCUUUUUCUGGCCGAUCUGUAAAGAUUUCUUGAAAUCAUGACGUGGAUUCUUUUGUGUGUGUGUGUGUGUGUGUGUUUUUUUUUUUUUUUAUAUGUUCCCUUAUUGAUUUUUCACUCAGAAGUGCUCAAAAGGAUGGACUCGCUCUCCAUCUUUCCCCACGUUGCAUGAGAGGUGAUGGGAUGACUUGGCGGUGCAGCGUAUAGUGCAGGCAUGUCAUGCAUGUUCAGUCAGCAGUGAGGGCAGUGAUGGCAUUACCCUGACUCUCCUUUUAAGAGCGAGGGGUCGGACUAAAGAAUGACCCAAUGGGGAAGAGGGUUCCGUGUGCAACGCCACAGGGCCAGGGGAUGUGCCGGAUGCCCUCACUCCAGCAGCAUCCACAAACCAGCCAGGGGAGAGGAUCACCAGCCAAAAGACUAAACGAGAGAGACACAAAGCAGGGUGAUGUGCAGCAUCUUUUGACAAAGAGGGACCAUGACGCUAGGCCCUUCAGCAUACCCCACAAGGGCCCUCUGAGCAGCCAAGUUGAAAUCAACAUUGUGAUAAAGAUGUGUUUACCAACCCAUUCUUGUUUCUUUUAAAUUGGUUUAAUGUAAGGGCACACUCGGAUGUUUUUUCUUCUCCAAAAAGUGUGUUUUCAAUGAAGUCCAGGUAUGAGUGGCUAUAGUCUCUGAAUCCUGGAUUUCAAGUUGGUUGCACAAGGCAGUGACCUUGCAGUGCCCCACACUGGUUAAUGUGUCCCAUUUGUACGUUUGUAUGCAGUAUUGAUUCAGGUGUGCACAAGAUAUUUGACAUGUCAUUGGUUUUUAAGCUCAAGAGUUUGCUCAAAUACUGUGACAGACUGGCUGACCAGACCGAUCUUAAUGGUAUUUUAACAGUGGAAGCACACUUUUCGACAUGGAAGUCAUUCUUUCUUUUCUUUUUUGCUUUCAAACUUCUCUGAGUUGAGGUGUGCGUGCGUGUGUCCAUUCAUGUGUGUACGUGCUCUUGCUCAUCAUGCAGAUGUGUGUUGCGUUGUGUUCCAGAGGUGAUGCAUGUGCUCCUGCAGUAUUGCCUGUCUCCUGGGCCAUCUGUUUACCGACACAGCACAGACCCCACCCCCCCGUGCACACUCGCUGUUGACCUACAGCCAUUGAUUUUCCUUUUGAUCCACCCCUCGUGUUAGUUCAAGGCCCUCCUGGUGUUUACGAGAAGCAAUGCAAAGUGCUUUUUCGUGCAGCGUUUUAAGUGAUUGAGCCCUUUACUGUGCUUCACUAUUUUCCUGGACUUAGUUGCGAUGAGGAAUGCUGUUUGAGGCUGAGGCCAGCGUGUUCUGAAGAAUCAUAGGAACGGGAGAGAGAGCAAUAGAGAUGGAUGGAUGGAUGGAGGGGGUGGCUCAUUGUGGGAACAAAAUGCAUUGACUUUCCCUCGAAGGCAUGUCCACUCAUUUCAAAAUGCUAUUUGAAAAGCAUUAGCCAGAUUUCCACUACUUUAUUUGUAUCUUUUGAGACUUUGCAUCGAAUCUUCUAAUGGCACUUACUCAUGUCCUUUUUCUGAAUCCCUUUCCUUCCAAAUCAACCAAAAGAAAGACAAACACUAAGUGAAAUGUGGGAAAACACUGAGUGACUCCCAGAAAGGAAACACCUGUAGAAUGGGGUCUGGUAUCAUGCGGAUAAACACAUUUUAUAAAUGUUUCAUAACGCUAUCAUCUCAUACUCAUUCAGCACUUAUACAUUCUUGUGUAGUUUAAUGCCUCCUCAUCACAGUGGGGCCCGAGUGUUCUUAAUGGCUUACACAGUGCUUGUGACAUCUUCGUAGGCUUGUUACAUUGCUAUAAAAUCUCCAGCCAGGAGUGGUGUUGACAGGCAUUCUUUCUCUUAAGGCCCUCCACACAAAGUGCUACAUACAGUAUGUUAACUAGCUUGUUCCAGUCCUUUUGAACAGGCCCCCUCAUUCACAGCCAGGUGGGCACACCUACCCAGCACUUUACCUCUUUACAGGGAAAAAAAAAAUAAAAUGUGAAAGUGAAGAGUGGAAUCCCUUCUAUACUGGGCAGACGGCCCAUGACCUCUGGGAGAUGGCCUGUGGGUAAUCCCUACAGCAGAUGAACUGAUUCGAGGGUCUUUCUGGCUUCCUCCUCGUCCUUCCUUUUGGAACUUUUUUUUUUUUUUUUUUCUUUCUUUCUUUCUCUCUCUUUCUUUCUUUUGUCUUAAACGAUCAUGGGCUGGGGUGGGUUGUUAAAUGAGAAAAGUUGUAUACAUUAUCCAGAGGUCUUACAGUAUUGCUAUUUUGUUAUAUAGAGGACAAUGUAAAUAUGUUCAGUGUUGAUAUACUGUUCUAGUACAAUGUUGCACGUGUAUGAGUCCAUGAUUGUGAGGUACAAUAAAUUUUAUUGCAAGUUUUUCCAAA